GCUCCCUCCUCGCCCCAGCCGCGCCGCCACCCAGCCCGUCCCGUCGCUGCCACUGCUGCUGCUGCUGCUGCUGCGCCCGGCUACGAGUUACAGAGGCUGCCUGCAAAAGCAACAAGUACCACUGCCUCGCCGUCCCAGGCCAGAUCUGAUGACGACCCCGACCUGCCAGCUGGCCGCCCCGAGAUCCGUCCCCCAUCCUCCCCCCCAAACACCAUGUCGAGAGUGCCUCUCCUGGUGAGGUCGAGCCCGGCGCAGGGCACGGGCUCCUAUGGCGGCCUGCCCAUCCUGUCGUCGAGCCCAGACGAAGCCCACACAGGCCGUGGGCUGCGCGCCUCGCCAAAGAAAAAGGGCAAGAGCAGACUGGCGCAAAGUGAUGCUUCGCUCCUGUCCGCCUCCAGUGACGACGAGGACGAUCAUCCAUCCAUCGACCCCACUCUGCUCUCGCGUGCCACCAGGUCGCGCCGCAGGACAGGAGACGCCGCCCGGAGCAGCAGCACAACGCUUGGUGUAGCCUCUGGUGGUCACGAGGAAGGCCGGCUCGAGGCCAGAGUCAACGCCACGGGCCUCGACGCUUCGGCGCCACUGUUUGACAGCUCAACCUCUUCGAGCACCACACUAGACCAUGAUGAUGCCUCCGACACCGACGACGACGCUGACCUGCACGAUAUGAAGGGCAAUCCGUCCGACAACUCGCCCUAUGCCCAAGUAAGGGCCUCGGUCGCUGCCACUGACAACCUCUCCCUAUCCAUUGAUACACCGCGCAUGUGGUUCCUCUCCAUCAUCUUCUCCAUUGCCGGCUCGUCCACAAACCUAUUCUUUUCCCUACGAUACCCUAGUGUUAGCCUGACUCCUAUUAUUGCCCUCCUCCUUGUCCACCCCAUUGGUCUCCUGUGGGACCAGCUCUUCAAAAGACACGACGACCCCGAGGAGACUUUCGUCGAUGGAUGCGUCCAGACACGCUCGCCCUAUGCACCAACCAAAGCCGACUGGAAGCGUCGCACACGCCUCUGGCUCGCUCAAGGUCGUUGGAAUGAAAAGGAACACUGCUGUGUCUAUGUCAGCAGCAAUGUCUCCUUCGGCUUUGCUUUCGCCACCGACGUCAUUGUCGAACAGGUCAAGUUUUACCGUCAGGACCUCGGCAUCAUGUACCAAGUACUGCUUAUCCUCUCCACCCAGAUACUGGGCUACUCUCUUGCCGGCAUCACCAGGCGUUAUCUCGUCCGACCCAGCGGCAUGAUAUGGCCCAGUACGCUGGUUUCAACCGCCAUGUUCACUGCAUUGCACAAGGAAGAAAACAAGCCGGCCGACGGCUGGACAAUUGCGCCCCGCAAGUUUUUCGGUCGCGUAUUCUUAGGAUCCGUGGCAUUCUACUUUCUCCCUGGCUUGCUUUUCCCUGCAUUGAGCUACUUCAACGUAAUCACCUGGUUUGCGCCAAAGAACGUGGUCGUUGCUAACCUUUUUGGAAUCUCAUCUGGUCUUGGAUUGUUCCCCGUGACUUUUGACUGGGCACAGAUUGCAUACAUUGGAUCUCCGUUGAUCACGCCGUUUUGGGCCGCCAUGAACAUUCUUGGAGGACUUGUUGGCGUCAUGUGGAUUGCGGCGCCCAUCAUGUAUUACAAGAACGUCCUCUACUCGUCCUACAUGCCCAUUUUGUCAUCGGUCGUCUGGGACAACCGUGGAAAGCCAUACGAUGUUAGCAAGAUCCUGACCGACAACUUUUUGUUUGACGAAGAGGCGUACAAAAAGUACAGCCGUGUGUACCUUCCCAUUACAUAUGUGCUGAGCUACGCUCUCCAGUUCGCUGGUCUGACCGCUCUACUUUCGCAUACGGGACUCUGGUAUGGAAAAGACAUUUGGAGGCAAUGGCGUCGCUCGUGGGCCGAAAUCAGAAAAGAGUCUGCAGCUGACUAUCAGCCACUCGUAAACAGCUCAGAAGACCGUCAGAGUCCUGCCAAUCCACGUAGACUGAGUCCAAACUCUGAGCCGGAUGUUGAGGACCUUUUAUCAGCGCAAGACGUACACAACCGGUUGAUGCGGCGAUACGAAGACGUACCGAUUUCCUGGUACGUACUGACUGGUCUGAGCAUGGCCGCCGUCGGCAUGUUCGUUGUCGAAUACUAUCCUGUCCAUCUGCCUUGGUAUGGUCUUUUGCUGGCACUCGGCAUCGGGGCAGUCCUCUUCAUUCCCAUUGGCAUUGUCAUGGCCAUUACGAACCAGCAAAGCAGCAUCUACCUCAUCUGCCAACUGAUCUGCGGAGUCAUAUUUCCCGGUCGUCCGGUUGCCAAUAUGGUCUUUACAACAUUUGGCUACAUCUCCGCCACCCAAGGUCUGAAGUUCGCCUCCGACCUCAAGCUUGGCCACUACAUGAAAAUCCCGCCACGGAUUCUUUUCAAGCUGCAGCUUACCGUCACGAUCAUCUCCAGUCUCACACAGAUCGGAGUACUCAACUGGAUGCUCAAUUUCAUUCCAGGUAUUUGCACAGCCGACGCCAUCAACGGAUUCAAUUGCCCGAUCGCCCGCGUCCAUUUCAACGGCAGCAUCCUCUGGGGCGUUGUUGGGCCAGGCAAAUUCUUUGGCCCUGGUGCGCUUUACCAACAUCUCGUUUGGGCUUUUCCUAUCGGUGCCAUCGCACCAGUGAUCCUCUACUACCUCGCGCGGGGAAACCGCAAGUCCAUCCUCAGCAAAGUGAAUCUCGCGGUUGUUUUUGGCAGCUUGAGUUGGAUUCCCCCAGCUACCGGGCUCAACUUCUCAGUCUGGGCCAUGGUGUGCUACCUGUUCAACUACGAAAUCAAAAACCGGAAAAAUGCUUGGUGGAAAAAGUACAACAUGAUGCUUAGCGCGGCUUUGGAUUCAGGGCUUGCGUUUGGUGUAGUGGUCAUCUUCUUUGGUAUCGUAUACCCAGGUUGGAUGAGCAACUUCAAGUGGUGGGGUACAGAAGUUUACAAGCAGGGUUGCGACUGGCAAGCCUGUCCCUACAAAGAAGUACCAAAAGGCGAGACUUUCGGACCAGGCAACUGGUGAUUUUUUUUCUCCCGACCUGCAUGCAUCACAUUUUGCAUCUACAGUGCUGCAUUAGACGUGGGCGUUUUGAUCUUUUUUGGCUUUUCCUCUUUUUGGAUACACUGCAAACUGUUGGAAUAGACGGGCAGGCGUUUGCAUCCAUACACCGAUUUUCCUAUUAUUAUUACCCGUCAUUUUGCACAUGGUUGUGUGCAUUUGGAUACCCCUCAGAAAUAACAUCAUAUUCUUCGCCC